CUCAUCAGCCAUCGUGCUACCGCGCGCAGUACUCAAACCAGAGAGCAACUACCUACCAGAGGCCGGAAGCGACGGCGCCGCCGGAGAUGGAAACGGAGGCGGCGGCGGCGAGGCAGGCGAAAGAGUCGCUGGAGCUGGCGUUCCAGAUGUCCCAGAUCCUCGACACCGGCCUCGACCGCCACACCCUGUCGCUGCUCAUGGCCCUCUGCGACCGAGGCGCCAACCCCGAGGCCCUCGCCGCUCUCGUCCGCGAGCUCUCGUCCGCUGCUCCCCCUACCGCCGCCGCGGCACCCGCGCCCGUGAACAACGGCACCGCGGUACCGACCCCGACAACUGCGUCGCUGUUCCCCUCCGGCUUGCGCCAUCCCUAGGGUACUAUCAAAGACUGGAUGGACGGAACUGAUGUGGUUGAUUUGAAGUCAAAGAGGCAAAUUCAACGCUGGAAUUGCUGGAUGAAAAGGAGUCACCAUCUUAGGGAGGAUGUAAAUCUUGCUUUACAAAUUGCAUUUGUGAUGCUCUGGCUGUUGUUUCGACAAGAAAGCUGUGUAGGUCAUAGAGCUACUGAAUUGACGUAUGCUUUACUAGAUUUGCGCGGGUUAAGAGUAGUAGUCAUGGGGGGGGGGGGGGGCAUUGUCUUUUCAUUUGUCAUCGGGCUACCUCCAUCGGUUGUAUAUGUAUCAGUUGGAAACCCGGCCUUGCGUUAACUUCUUUGGAAAAGGGAAGCUUUAUAAACUCGUAGUCACA